GACCAGAAAAAAUACCAGAGUUAUAUGACAACACAGCAUUAACUUUGUUUAUAGAUUAUCUUCAGAUAUAAGAGACCUUUCAACACAAGUAACGAAUUAGAACAAAUGGAUCGGGAAAGUUUGGAUGAUCUGCAAAAGCAACUAUUGACCUGUCCUGUAUGUCUGGAAGAUUUUCAUGACGACACACACACAAAGGUGUUACCUUGCCUCCAUUUGUUAUGUGAGGCUUGCAUCCCAAAAAUAGUAAAAGACGGAGUCCUUCCCUGUCCAACCUGCAGAAUGGAACAUCAAUUUGGCUCUUUUCCAACAGACAAUACAACUAGAGAUCUUUCUGAUUAUGUGGUGGUAAAGACAUCACCAACAGUUGCAUGUGAAGGUAAAGGAUGUGAGGAAACAAAUGUUGCAUCCCACAGAUGUCGACCCUGUGGAGAGUUUCUAUGUUUAGAUUGUGUGGCAGCACAUCGCCGAACCACUGUGACAAGAAGUCAUGAUUUGAUACCACUUGAAGAACUUAGAGAUGCUACUGAUUUCACAGCCUUUUGUCAUCCUCAGACAUGCCAGGUCCACCCUGGAAAACCUUUAGAGCUAUACUGCAGUAAACAAGAAUGUCAGAAACCCAUCUGUGUCACAUGUGCUGUAAUCUACCAUCAAUAUCAAGAAGGGCAUGGCUUGGUUGAUAUCAUUACAGUUGGGAAUCAGAGACGUGAUGAAAUCAAACAGAUGGUAUGUUCAGUGAAAGAAAAGUCCAAUAUCAUAUCCAAAGUAUUGAAUGAGAUAAAUGAUGAAAGAGAUGAAAUUGAUCUACGAAAAAAACAGAUAUAUAAUCAAAUUGAUGGAGUGAUUGAAAUAUUGCAUCAACAGAUAGAUCGUACCAAAGAAGCCCUGAAAGAAAAAGUAAAUAAGCAAGUCUCCCAGAAAUGUCAAAGCCUUGAGGAACAAGAGUUGAAGUUGAAAAGUAUAAAAUCUAAUAUGGAUCAUGCAGUUUUAUACUCUGACAAAGUAGUUUGUCAUUCAAAUGUUCCUGCCUUCCUCCAGCUUGAUAAAACCAUUUCAGACAGACUUCAGAAUUUAACAGUUGAACAGUUUGAUAAGGAACCUUGGGAAAUGGCGGCAUUUGGCUUAGAUUGCAGUGAGGUCAGUACUGAUAUACAAACCACAUUAAACCAAAAGAUGCAUAUCUGGUCAAGCUCUAUCUUUCCUCCAAAUACUUCGAUUCAACAGCAGAGAGGAGGUGUUCCAGGAGAGGAGGUGGUUUUUGACAUUGAGCUAUUUACAUCAGAGAAAACACCUGCUGCUGAAGAAGCCCAUUUUCAGGCUAUGAUUACAGACCCACGUGGUGAUACCCUACCAGGUAAGGUAAAAGAUGGAGGAUUACAAAACGGAAAGUUUGCCAUUAAAUAUGUUCCAAUGGUUGAAGGAGCCUAUAAACUUGAGUUGAUCUUACAGAACAAAACUUUUGCAUCACGUUCAUUCACUGUUGGUGAGGGAGACACUUCUUUUCUUGAGGAAAUGAGUGGAGACUCUACAGAUCCUAAAGCUACUUGUGAAGACGGUACUGACCUAAAAGAAAUUCCUGAAGCAGAAGUUCCAAAACUCCCUCAACAAAUGGUGACCAAUAAUCCAGAAAUUUUCUCUACCAUUCGACAAAUCAGAUUUUUCCUUGAUAAACAAACUGCUCACAAAGAAGUAACUGUCACUGAAGAUGGAACAACAUUUACUAAUAACCAGCAGGGAGUUGUACCAAAGUCAUCGGUAUUACACCCCAACAGACACAAAAAGUUCAAAGGUGCACGUGGAACACAUGUUUUUACACAGCCUGGGAGAUAUUUUUAUGAAGUUAUCCUUGAGAUGAAAGUUGUAGCACCACUGCAGCUAAACAACAUCGCCUUUGAAAUUGGUAUUGCCAGAAAGUCAUCUAUAGAUAACAAGAAGUAUAUCGAAGGUCAACCAUAUGCAUGGUCAAUGAUAGGAGCUCACCAUCCAGCAUGUGAUGCAGUGUGUGUCCAUGUGGUCAGAGAUAGGAAAGUUCUUCUCCAUAAAGUUCUUGUAAAGAACCAGGUAGACGAGGAAUGUCGUAUAGUUCUGGGUUUCCUGCUGAAUACAGAUGCUGGUACAUGGGAAAUCUAUAACAGUGAGGAAGGAGAAAAACUGUGUAUUGUGCACAAUGUAAAUUGUGAAGAGCCUUUGUUUCCAGUUGUUUCUGGUUACAAUUCUUCACAGGUUCAGGUUACUGCUAACUUUAUAACAGGCCAUCAAAAUGCCCCUGAAGAAGAGUGAUUGCUACAAUGAACAUGUACAUUGUAUUUCAAUUUUUAUUGUUUUUGUCUUGUUUUAAUUGUAAAUAUUUAUUUUACUUAUGUAAUACUGGAGUAUAAAUGACAAAUUAGUAUAUAUAUAAAUAUAUUAGAAAAUAUAAUUUUAUUUAGUUCAUUAAUGUAUAAUUGAAUGAUAGAACACAAAAAAAACACACAUAGAAUUACAUGGUAAUAAAUGAUUAUGAUGAUGCAAUGUCAUGAACUGAAUUGUUGCUAUGUUACCACAUAGUUAUGUUCAUAAACUGCCUGAAAAGUCUCAUUAGCUUUAAUUUUGUUUUUAAAUAUAAAAAAAAGUAAACAAAAUAAAAUCCUUUUUUAACAUGUGAAAUAAAACAGAUAUAAGGUUAAUAUAAGAAGACAUCAAGUAGUCAACAAGGGAUCCUUGAGUAUAGACUAGAGUCUGUAAAUUGUUAUCUUUUCUUCAGUGAUAACUAAUGAUUUUUUUCAGAAGUUUUAUGUUGUACAGAAAUAUCUUUUAUUACAUGUAAUAUCAAUUGAUUUAUAUAUUGGUAUCAAACAUAUUUAAUAUUUAUUACUUCCAGUAUUUUCUUUAUUUACAUAGAGGAAUUGUGAUAUCCAUUUGUAGAUAUUUGUAAAAUCUGAAUUAUCAGUGUAAAAAUAUAAUUAUGUUUAUUUUUAAGAAAUUUUGUUUUUUGCAAAUGAUAGACAUACUAUUAUAACAAAAGGCUACAAUACAAUAUUGAUUUCCCAUAUUGAAAGUUGAAAUACUUAUUAUUCUAGUACAGUUUUGAUUAUUUUUGUAUUUGUUUGUUUUGAAAUGAUCUUUUUCUAGAAUUAACAACAUUGUUAAGACUUUAUCAUCAGUUUAAGAGAUUUAAUGCAUUUUAAAGGAACUACCAAGACAUAAAAAUUCUAAUUUUAGUCAGAUUUUGAUGUAUUUGUUUCUUUUUCUUUCCUGUGGUUUCUUCCUAAAUAAAUGUGCUACCUGUUCUUUUGAAACCUUUUCCUUAUGUCUUUAAUCUCAAGGAUGAUUGGGGUAUAGAAGAAUGGUCAUCUCUUGGUUUUCUUCUGACCGACAGUUUAAACCAUUCCCAAAGUUUGGUGUGCAUUUGGCUGUACUUGAUGUAUAAAUUCACAGCCACAUCCAAUUCAAAUUUACCGACCUAUCCUCCUGGUGGACUAUAUUGCAGGACUAACCUAUUGUAUUUAUUGUUAUCUUGUUCUCAUCCUGAACAUACAUGAAAUAUUCAAAACUGGAUAAUAAACAAACAACAAUGAAUCAAUCAAUCAUUAUGUCUUUUUUGUUUAAAUAAGACCUUUUUGACCUGCUUCAAUCUUAUCAUGGUGUGCUAUGUUACUAUUUCUAUAUGACUUGAAUUUUAUUACUGUCAAUUAUUGUUUGAGUGUGUUGUUAUCUGUCUGUAGACAGAAUGGUCUUUAGCCACAUUUAUUUACAUUAUAGAUCACUGAUCACUGAAAUUUAAACAAUGGUUAGUUGCACUAAACAAAGAAUGUAAAAAAUAUAUUACUGUGUUAAGGAUUUCUCUGUCUUCUAUAUCUGGCACACAACACUGUCAAAUACAAUACUAUGUUUCCAUGUUAACAUGUUGUGACAUUGUCCCAUGUUAAAUCAGCUAAGCCCUUUACUGAUACAUGAAGGAAUUGAAGUUCAUGAAUGUUUUAUUGUCCCCCAGCGCAAUGCAUUGCGGGGGACAUAGAAAUACUGGGCGUCCGUCUGUCUGUCCAGUCUUGUUAGCGCUCUCAUGUGUACAAUUCUUGCCACAUUUAUAUGAAAUUUAUAUCAUAGGGUUAUAUUAGCAAUGUCUUAGACGAGUUCGAAAAUCAGUCCCGAUCAAUUAUUUUUCAAAGAAUUAUGCCCCUUGGAAACAUUAAUUAUAUGGAAACUUGCAUUGUUAGCAGUCUCAUUUGUUCAAUUCUUGACAAAUUUUAUGAAACUUAUAUCAUAGGUUGAUAUUAGCAAUGUCUUAGACGAGUUCGAAAAUCAGUGCAGAUCAAUUAUUUUUAAAAGAGUUAUGCCCUUUGGAAACAUUAAUUAUAUGGAAAAUUGCAUUGUUAGCGCUCUAAUAUGUACAAUUCUAUCCAGAUUUUUAUGAAAUUUAUAUUAUAGGUUUAUAUCAUCAAUGUCUUUGACGAGUUUGAAAAUCAGUGCUGAUCAAUUAUUUUUAAAAGAGUUAUGACCCUUGGAAAUAUAAAUUAUAAUGAAAAUCACAUUGCAUUUGCUUUGAAUCCUUCAUUUCUCUCAGAUAUUAAUAAAAAGUCGUAUAGAACAAAAAAAAGUGCUUAUUUUAGUUAUUGCCCUUGUACCUUGGAUAGAUAGAAGAUAUGCAACGCGGGGCACAUUGGAACUCUGUUCUUUUUUAUGCCCCCGCCGUUCUCUAACCUUAGUUUGCCUUAACCAAAUGUUAUGAACCUUAUACACAAUGCUUAUUACCACAUAUUUCAGAUCAAGUUUGAAUUUGGGUGGCGUCACUUUACCGUUCUAGAGUUAUGCCCCUUUACAAAUGGAAAAAUUACUGAAUUUUUAGUUUUCGUUCUCUUACUUUAGUUUGCCUCAACCAAAUUUAAUGAAACUUAUACACAAUGCUUAUUACCACAAAACUCAGAUCAAGUACAAAUUUGGGUGGCGUCACUUUUACUGUUCUUAAGUUAUGUCCCUUUAUAAUGUUAUAUGCAAGCGGGGGCAUCAUCAGUGUCCCAUGGACACAUUCCCCAUUUAUUUCUUUGUUGUAUUUCUCUUUUUGAAUGUCUAUUUUCUUAGUUGAGUUGGUGUGGGCUGUAUUAUUGUCCAAAAUAUUUGUUUAUUCCUUUUAUCCUUUUUAAGAAUUAUGAAUAUUUAUAUAUUUGUUGUUAUUCUCUAAUUUUCUUUGUUUGUACAUAAUAAGUCAUGUAUGUAAUCUCAUAGUUGGAGUUGUUUAAAAAAAGGGUUUUAACAUAGUUGCCAACAUCUAUAAAUGAGAAAUCAUUUCAUAUCAUGACAGCAUGUACAAAUUUGUGCCAUGCUUUUUUUGUUUUAAAAAUCAUGUUUAAGUUCACUUAUUAGUCUUUUUGUAAACUGUAAUUAUUAUCCACAGUUUGGCAAAUUUUAGACCAACAGAUCUUGAAGGAUUUAAGUGACAAUAAUAGAAUUAAUUAAAUUUAAAUGAUAUCAAAAGCUAUUAAAGUGAAAUUGAUGAUCUGCAACAAACAUUAGAUAGGUAACUUGGAUUUGAUAGACUUUUCAUCAAGGGUAUUGCACCUGAGCGGGAGAUAAAAUAGGCCUACUGAUGCUCAAUGUGAACAGCAACAAGUUUCAAGUAAUAUUUUAGCUUUUUAUAGAUCAAUUUAUAUCAUUUUUGAAGGAAGAAGAAAUUUAAUGCAAAAGGCUGUAGAAAGCUUUUUUUGCCCUUUGUCAAAUUUCUUUUUAUUCACGUCAAACUGUUGUUUUCAAGCUUUAAUUUGAUAGAUGCAAAAGUAACACCUUUGGGUUCUAAAAGACAACUUCUGGUCUGUCGUAAUUUCCAACUUUUGCAACUGCUUUCAGACCACUGGACAUCUUCUCAAAAGGAUUUGUAAAACUUUGUGGUGGAAACUGAUUAGAGACCUCAACAUUUUAAUUAACAACAAUAGAUUAUUAAUAAACAAACUAAAACAUAAAAUCAAAAAACUGCAUUAUCAAAUUAUAAAAACAAACAAUAUUUAGUAUGAUAAUGUGUCGUGGAAGGCAUGUACCUGAUGUGUGAUGAAAAAAAGGUGUGUAAACAGUUGAAAAAGCAAAUAAUACACAUGAAUAGCAUGAGAGUUGUCAAUUAUGGAUUUGAGUCAAAUAUAGACUGGCUGUAAGAUUGGCAAGGCAAAGCAAGCAUUUCAGUCUGUUAUUAUUAUGUAUUUAAACUUAUUUAAUUUUACUUUUAUAACCUGACCUAACAUACUUAUGCUACAGAUAGCCACAUUCUUCUAACAGUGUAUUGUAUUUUGUUGAUUAGCUCCAGUUAUAUUGCUGUAUAAUUGUCUGAACUAACUGAAUUUAAAUGAAGAAUAUUUAUAAUUUUCCUGUUCAUCUUAUACCUUUGUUCAAAAAUUGUUGCAACACCAGUGAUUGUGAUAAAAUAAAGGUUUGUUGUCUUUAUUACACAUGUUUCAAAAUUUCAAUAAUAAAAAAAAAAUAUCAAUUGGAUUUUGCAGAAGAUGAUAACAAUUAUAGAUCAGAAAGUGCUGAUCAAGUAGCUCUUUGCAAGAAUAUUUUAAAAACAAAACUUUUUAAAUUUGUGUUUAUUAACUUGUGAAUUCAUCCUUCCAUGAAUGUAUAUGAUUUUAAAAAUAAACAAUUGAACAUUU